AUGUCGAACGCGACAGACGCAGAGACGGCGUCGACCCUGAAAAACUUUCAACUCUGCUACACGCCGCUUCUGAUAACGACCGGCCUGAUAGGAAACUCGCUCUCGAUCCACGUGUUCCGCAACACGAAGCUGAAAAAACUGUCGUCGGCGUACUACUUGACGGCGCUCGCCGUAAGCGACAACGUCUUCUUGUGCUCGUUGUUCGCGACUUGGUUGCCGAUCUUCGAGGUUAACGUGUACGAUCGCGACGGGUUCUGCCACCUUUUGGUUUACGCCGGCGACGUGACGAGUUUCCUGAGCGUGUGGCUGGUUGCCGCGUUCUCUUUCGAGCGGUUCAUUGCGGUGAAGUACCCGUUCUCGAGGCAGACCUUGUGCACCACGAAGCGCGCCAAAGUCACCAUACUAGUGCUCGUGACUGUUUCCCUGAUUAUUUUCUCGCACAAAUUUCUUUUCACGCGGAUCAAUUAUUAUAACGGCUCUCCCACGUGCGACGUAGAUCCCUCCUGGAAUCAGUUCUCCAACGUAUUUAACAUCAUCGAUUUCAUCGUCUCUUACCUUGUACCGGUGACGCUGGUUAUAUUUCUGAACGUCUCUAUAAGCAGGGCAAUUAUAACUUUAUCCGGGAUAAGAAAAGCUUUGACGCAAGGAUUGAGCAGCAAAAAUCGCAACAAAAAUUUUAUGCUGUCGCAAAACAAAAUCACGAAAAUGUUGCUGGUUGCAUCGACGGUUUUUCUCGCUUCAUCCUGCCCAAGUUACGUGGUCAGAACAUUGCUAUAUUUGCACGAGGCACACUUAUGGGAAAUAAAAGAUGUGGAUUCGUUUAUCAUUGCGCAACAUUGGUCCCAACUACUUUUUUACACAACAUUCAGUAUAAAUUUUUACGUUUACUGCGUCAGCGGUCAAAAUUUUAGAAGCGCACUGUUUGGAAUAUUUAAACAGAAGGGACAAAGAACGGAAACUGUGGCUUUGGCAGAUAGCAGAACCCUAUCGACAGGUUCAUCGGCAGCAUCGAAAAGAAGAAAAACUCAAACAAUCAUCAUAGAAAGUCAAGAAAUUAAAUUGCAGAUGAAACUGUCCAAUGAAGAUUGUGUCGAACUUUAG